CAAGAGGCUCGUAAUAAUUGCACGAAAGGAACUGAGGGCAAUUAAAUGAUCCCGCCGCUUUCCCCGAUUCCUCGCGAUGUUAAGCCUGGCGCGAAAUUUACGCCUUCCUCUCGCAAAUCGAAUAGACGAUAGUUUAAGCGUUAAGUGUAACGCGAAAGGUAUACUGUAAUGAGAAAGCCGAAUAAAAUUAAGCGGGCGGAACAAGAAACUGACUAAAAAAUUCAGUUGAUCUAGUUAUAUGUAUGUAUUCGAAAAUUUAAAGGAUAGUUUAAUUAACUAAUUAACCGUCAAGCGGCUCCAUCUACACAUGCAUCGUUAUAUUAAGUGCAUCUGAAAAGCUGAGAAACAAAAGAGCAUCUAUCGAAUGACAGCAAAUUUCUACAUCACAUCGAUAAAUGAUUCUUUAAAAUAUCUCAAUGGAGUUCAAUGUAAAACCUCACGUCAAUACACAAUACUGACUAUUCGCACAUCCACGAUACACAAAUCGCUGAUUCGAAAUGCCUCUCACAAUGACUAUCGAUGGAUCCGACAAAAUACCUUCUGUAACGCCUUGCUUUGAAGGUGAAGAGUUAAAUUUGGAUUCCGAACUUGUAAGCGCCGGGUUAUCGGCUAUAUCUGUCAAGGGGUAUGAUGCAGGAGAUCGACGUGGAGAAACUGGCAUUAGACACAGAAAUUCUUUCUGGAGCGUCCAUCGUCCUGAACUAUCCAAGCUAAGCUGGGCUGUUAACCAUGCACCCCAGAAUAUUGAAACUUACCUAAAGACUCAUGCUGGAGAUAAACAGUCCAAAGAAAAAUUCAAGAGACCAAUAAUUCCGUCAGACACCUUUGACAAAUUGACCGUAAUUCACCAGACAUCGGGACAUCAAACGGAUAUAGAUAAGCUGGAUAAGCAGGUCUCAAAGCCAGAAACAAUCCAAUUUAGUGACCAUGACUUGGAAUCUCAUACGACUUUACAUAAAAGUAGAGCAGAAUUUUGCGUGACUAUAGGAAACUUAGAAGAGCACUCCAUACCUCAAAAUACUUCGGAACCAUCCGGUUCAAGGGCUAAUACAAAGUUCAGUCAAAAACUUUUGUUUAAUGAAGACUAUUUGGCAAAUGAUAUCAGAUUGGAACAAAGCGACGUGAAGAUUAAUUCUGUCUGGGAAUAAUUUGUACCACAUAAUACUUGACUAAAUUCAAUGAUGUAUAGAAUAAUAUCUUGACUCUGGUAAUUUUACCCAUUAUCUGAUCUUCUGUUAAAUAAAAUAGUGUGCAUUAGGUAAUUGAAAUUUAGA